AUGCCUAAACUAAAACGCGUACUACCUCCUUUGGGUAAAGAAUUUGGAAAAAGCGAUCUCGAUAGGAUUGGAUAUUUUCACGAACCACGCGUGACGCCUUUCGACAAAUACAAAGGAGUUCCUGUUAAGUUUCGCGAAGGUAUAGAGAAGGGGCGUCAAAUGAUUCCCGGACCACCGCUUAAACUCUUUGAAGACAAAUUUAUGCGAAUUUUCGAGGGAGAAGCAUUGUACGAUCCAUUUCGCAAAGUCCCGAAAAAACAGCUUGUACCGGUCAAAGGUGUUAUAUGGCCAUCAGCCCCUGCCAAGAAGCAUUCGACACCUGGUGAUUAUUAUGGGUGUUUCGAGAAAAUCUCUUACUUCAGCCCCGCGUUGAUAAAACCAAAGAAAGCGAGACCCGAGUUACCAAAUGUGAGAAUCAAACCCAAUCCUAAAGGUGGUCCAGGAUAUGCUAACAUUUGUCUCAGCCCGUUUCCAGCUCAUGCUCAUGAACCUUAUGAUCCACCAGAGAAGAAACCUAAAGUUAAAGAAAUGUAUCGUGUAUUUCAAACUACACAUGCGCCAAUGGACUAUUUCCCGCCAAAUCCUUACAAAGCUUUGCACAUCGGAUCUACAUACGUACGACCUCACGAAGUCAAGCCUAAAAUUUUGGGCCCUAAUCGUCUUAUCGUUCCAUUCCCAAAGAAACCAGGCGGAAGCCACGCAGGUUGCUUUGACAAAUUUCCAAUUCAUUAUGCCGAUCCAUAUGACAGAGUAGAACCGAAGAAACCUAAAAUUCCGAAACCUACACGUAUAUUUAUCUCUGGUGGACCACCACUUCGAUCAAAAUUCACCUCUAGUAUUAUAAAUAAAAUUACCAAUGUAUCUUGUAAUUUGAACAAUUAUGUUACCUACACGCCACGAGUUUAUCCUUUGGAGAAAUAA